AGCUCGAGCUUCAGCACGACGCGCCUCCAAACACGACACAACAACACCGAGCGCGUGCCCUUCCCCCGGCAGCCUGGCUUCAAUCGCACUGGUCGUGUCUUGAACAGUCCUGCUCCUCCCUCAUCCAUUCUACACGGCGCGUCCGGUCGCUCCUGCUCAAUUGGUCCCGCCUCGACGCACGCGUCCCAGCAGAAGAGGAGCUCUCGCAUCUUGCACCCCGCACGCCAUUUCUACGCCAUGUCUGUCUCGCAUGCCAGCACCCCCUCCAAGGGCACUCCUCGCCGCGCGCUCGGCGAACUCACGCCCAAGGCGCUGAACACACCCUCCAAACGCGCUGAUCCGUCCGACAACACGCGAGCUCACAGCCCGCUGAAGCAGAUGCAGACCCUCUCACCGCAGCUCUUCGGAAACAAGGAGAACGUGACUAGCAGCGCGCUCAAGGGCAGGAAGAGGAGCAUCAACGAGGUGGACGACGCGGAGCGCAUCGACGCGAAGGUCAGGGUCGGAGGGAGCACGACGGGGCACGUUGGACUGAGCGCGGCUGCAAUGCGCCUAUACACGAGCAACACCACCGUCGACCUGCCAGUGCCAGGGUCACCAACCGAGCGCAACACGCCAACACCUGAACCCGAGCUGCAGCAUGAGGCGGUCAACUCGCAGGACACACAGGGCACCAACAACUCUUUCUCUGCCCUGGUCAACUACGACCUGUGCGCCAGCCAGCAGAGCGUGCAGCCCGCCCCGCCACGCGCUCCCUCACCACCCUCGCCAGUGGCGGAAGAAAAGAAGUCCCGCGCCGAACUGCUGCGUACGAGACUCGGUUUCGGUAUAUAUAAAGUCAAGACGAACCAAAUCGCGAAGAGCGGCAGCGACAUCAUAUCGACGUGGGAGACUACCUAUUACGAGCCAGCAGACGCGUCCACAUCCAUGGCCAUACCAUCCUUCGAUGGAUCAAGAGACGCAUACCAAGUGCCAGAUAUCACUAUAUCGUCAGCCAAGCGCGAUCCCCACCCGGUAUUCAUUAAAGCGAACCUCGAUCCUUUUCGUCCCAUCGGCAAUUUGAAACUCACGCCCGCGCCCGUCCUCCUGCCGACCGCGACCUCCUCUCGGAUAUUACACGAUUACGAUAUGCCAUCGUCUCCACCACAUGUCGUCUCGCCUGAACAGCUCAGAUCGCCUGUAAAGCAGAGACUGGACUACGCCACGCCUGUGAACCAGAGUCCAAGAUCUGAACGGGCGGAAAAUGACUUCAGCGACGGAAGCGCACAAAGUGGUUUGAGGAAACUGCAGCGGUUUCAGGAAGGCGAGCUGACGAGCUCGGCGGUCAAGGGCAACGCUGCGAAGGGGCUGAUGCAGUUGAUGGCUGGAAAGCGGUAGUAUGAUCUUUCUUGCUGUGGCAGACUACCGCAUGAGGACACGGCCACUGUGAAUGGGAAGAAUCGGCGAGAGGUUAGCUCGAGGAAGACGAGCACUAUUCUUCCAUCUAUUCAUGAGCAUGCAUUGCCAUUUGGAUCCUAGUAGUUUAUAUGAUUCAAACUUAGUGGAUGCAAGCGACACGUGCAGUUUUGUUGGUCACACCAACGAUAGGAAUCAAUUCUC